UUUACCAUGUUUAUCGACGCCGUCUAUAUCCGGCUUCUUCUCGUUACGCUUUUGUAUACAGUAAGUUUACUCUCUCCGGACUGUGCAUCUCAAUUUUUGGAAGAUACGCAGAUCGUUCUAAAGCGUUCAAGGCAAGGCUAUGCCUCACCAGUAACGAACAGACCAAAGAAACUGCAAGUAACAAAAACUACAGAAACACCGAACUAUUAUUACUACGACGACGACGACUACUACGAUUACUACAAAGACUACUUCGUAACAACAACUACUACCACGACCACACCUCCACCUCCAAGACGAUAUCGCCCAUUUGGUCGAGGCCGUCUGCGUAACAAAUUCCGUCGACCAAUUCUUCGAAUCAGACCAGUUAUUGUUGGAAAUGACUACACGGAAUCGCAUGAAAUUUCUCUUCAAUCAAGUUCAGAAACGACUCAAACACCAUCUACCACAUCUCCAAUCACUGUCAAACCUCGUCGCCACUAUUCGCCUCGUGAGGAUGGCAGAUAUAUUGAUUAUCUUUCAGACCCCAACCGUCCAAGAGAAUUGAAUGGCGUAGAUCUAUCUACCUACCCCUUUUAUAUCAGCGUGCCAGAAGACAUCGAUUUCAAAUGUGAGGGUCGCCAUGAUGGUUAUUAUGCCAGUAUUUCUCAUAAAUGCCAGUUAUUUCACUGGUGUUUCGGAAGGCAACGUUUUGAUUUUCUGUGCCCAAACUAUACUCUGUAUGACCAGACCACCUUCACGUGCCGGUUUGUGAACAAAGUGGACUGCGAGAGCUCCGAAUUAUAUUACGACCGUAAUAAUGAACUUUACGUAGAAUCCACCGGCGGACCAGAGAAAGAGCUUAAAGAAGAAAAACGGAAGAGCAAACAGAAGAGCAAAAAUAAAGCCAAAAACAAGAACAGAGGUAAGAAAAGUGACGAGAAUUAUGAAGAGGAAAAAGAAGUAUACGAUGAAGGCGAUGAAGAUUAUGAUGACAGAAAAUGAACUGAAUUAACUGAGUUUUGGUGCCGAGUCUCUAUUACGUCUGAUCUCGAUUACAAGCACUACAUGAUGUUUAUUCACAAUAUUGUUAUUUCAAGUUCAGUAACACGGGCCUGCAAACUUAAAC